GCCGUGUGUUCUUCGGGCCGGUAAAAAAAAAGGAGGAAGAAUUCCGUCUGGUCGAGUCGUGGAUCGUCGGAAUUUGCGAUCAAGGUGAGAUUUUUAGGGGUUUAAUAGGAUAAAGUCGCGAUCUUUGGGUGCUUCCGAUGGCCGAUUCGGACAAUGAUUCGGGCGGGCAGGGCCACGGCCACGCGGGGGCGGCGCCGCGGGAGCAGGAACGCUUCCUUCCCAUCGCCAACGUGAGCCGCAUCAUGAAGAAGGCUCUCCCGGCGAACGCUAAGAUCUCCAAGGACGCCAAGGAGACGGUGCAGGAGUGCGUGUCGGAGUUCAUCAGCUUCAUCACCGGCGAGGCCUCCGACAAGUGCCAGCGCGAGAAGCGCAAGACCGUCAACGGCGACGACCUCCUCUGGGCCAUGACCACCCUCGGGUUCGAGGAGUACGUCGAGCCGCUCAAGGUCUACCUCCAGCGCUUCCGCGAGACGGAGGGGGAGAAGAGCGGCGCCUCCGCAUCCUCGUCGCAGCUCCAGCCGAAGGACGCCUCCGCCGUCGGAGGCGGCGGCUCCUCCGUAGCCAUGGCGACCAAUGUGGGCGGUUACGCCGGCGGCGGCGCGCCGCCGAUGUACGUCGGUGGAAUGAGGAUGAUGGUGGGCCAGCAGAUGUACGCCGCGCCGCCUUCUUCCUCGGCGUAUCACCAGCACCAAAUGGCCGUGCCCGGCAAGAGCAGCAUCGGAAGCGGCGCCGGCGCCGGCGGGAAUUCGUCGUCUCCUAAGCCGGGAUUUAAAUAGCAAGGUUUACUAUUUGGAUUGGUACGUACAGCCCGCACGGUUUAUUUAUGCGCCGAAUGAUAGAUUCGCCCCUUGUGCAGUGCUUCAACUGUGAUGAGAUUCAUAAUUAUUGGAUUGUAUGAAAUUCAUAACUUAACCAAAUAAUUUGUUAGGUGUGUUUGCUUACUGAUGAGACAUCCUACUCGGAUUAGCAC